AGAAAAGUGUGCAGUUUAUAAACAAAAUUCAGGAAAACAAAACUACGAAUGUGUUCAAUAGUGGUUUCGGAGGAAUAAAGAAUUUAAAGAAGAAACUUUGUCUUUUACACCAAGAAUUUGCUAGCUGUGUUUGUUAAAAUUUUGGCUACCAAAAACAUACACAAUGAAAAAGCUUAGGGAAAUACUUGAUCAUCGAAUAUGCUGGCUUAUUGGAAAUGCUGUGUUCUUUGUGGUUUUCUGCAUUACAAUGUUGGUGUCAUCGAUCGCUGGUCAGCAAGGAAUCACAGACUACAAUGCCACAGUACACGAUUACACGCUCGACAAUGAAAUGUAUGAUAAUUGUUCGCAAACCGAUUAUAAGGAAUAUUGCCAAGCAAAGGGUGUGUGUCAAGCCGGUCAACAUAUAAUGUGCAUGUACUUCAAAACGGGGAUGACAAUGGGCCCAAUGUGUGAAAAGGGCAGAAUGUUUAAAGUGAAUCAUGAAAUAAGAAAAGCCAUUAUAGAAGAAAUUGCUAUGAUGAGGCAAGAAGUUUUAGAUGGCACUGCCCGUGGUAGGCACGAUGUUAUUCUCCCUAGGGGAUAUAAUAUGAGAGAAAAAUUGCUGUGGGACUUCGAUUUAGCAUUUUUUGCACAAGUUUGGGUGAAUCAGUGCCAACAUUCCCUCGAUUAUUGCAGAGCUACAACAGCUUUUCCAGACCCGGAACAGUUUGUUGGGAUCGAUACAUUCACCCACCCGAACUGGGAGCCAAUAAGAAGAGACACAAAAAUAGACAAAAUGGAGAAGCAUUGCUUGACGACUAAUAAAGUAACAGAGGCAGUUAGAUCAAUAAUAAAAUUAUUGAAAGACACGGGCAAAGAAGAGGUCACACCGAGAAUGAUAGCUAAUUAUCAGGGUGGGCCAAGAAAUGUAUACUUGAGUAUGAUCUACGAGGGUACCACACACAUUGGCUGUGGAAUGGCCCAUUACGUCGGAUAUCAAAGAUUAGACGACAGUUCAAAUGAAAACGUUAGAGGAAACACACACGAUGUAUUCGUUGUUCAACUGGUCUGCAAUCUCUCACACAAGCCUGCACGCGACAAACCUGUCUACAAUCUAACCGCACCGCCGACUCCGCCGACUCCGAGGACAACACCGACGACGACGCCUAUGACGACCCCGUCUACAACUACUACUACUACUACAACUACAACAACAACAACAACAACAACUACUACUACUACUGAGACUACUCCUGAAGCUAGUUCUGACGACAUAGACAAUACUCCAGAAACUACUCCUGACGAUAUAGAUGAAUUGUCUACUACAGAGAGAACUACUACUACUACAGUUAGGACAACCACCACUCGCUUAACUACACCACAUCGUGAACAAGAUCAUGAUUAUAGACCAGAUAUAGGUAUCCCUGAAAUAAGGAACGUGGUGCCUGGUAGUCCAAAAGGCGUUUUGGUUAUGCCAAUCAUAACUGUAGAGGACCCUCCUCAUAAGCUACUUCAACAAAGAAAUAUCGCAUUAAGAAGAAACACAGGAAGCAUAUCUAAUUAUAAUAUACUUGGUAACAAUAACCAACGAUCUAAGAUAACAGCACAUUCAAGAAAAACCAGUGUUUUCGCUAGAGCGCCUAUAUUUAACCUUUCACCUCAAAACCACGAUACAAAUAUAAACCUCGAAGAAAAGGUAUCCCUAAAGAAACAUUUAAAAACACUUCUUGACCAAGUGCCAAGAAGAGAAAUUCCACAGUUGAAAGAAUUACUCAAACAAAUGGUGAGGUCACACAAAUCAGAAGGAGAUCACCAAAGACUAGGACCUAUAGAUUUUGGUACGACAGCUUCUAAUACGCAAGAACAGUUCAAUCAUGUUCCAUCAAUGUUAAUGGUGAACCCGAUGAAGCGGUAUCGCGAUUCACAAAUAACUUUAACGAAAUGACUCAUGGUUCGCACUUUGUUGGUAGUGGUAUAGCUGUGGAUCCUAGUAAAGCAAAUAUUGUUAUUGUUCAGAGCAAUAACCCGGAUGUGGAUACGCAAGCCGAAUAUCAUCUUCCACUAAUUCGAAAACAAAAACCAUUAGUGCACGCCAAAAGAAACGAUGAACCUAAAAAUGUUGCUGAUGAUAAGUGGGCAGCAGACGGGUACCAUACAGGACAUAAACAAGUUAGUAGUCUUUUACCCGAAAACGAGCUCCCAAUUAUUGACCAUAACCAAGACAAGCCAAACCAACACAAAACAUUUGAAAAUGACGCGGGAAGACAACACACUUAUGGUGCUGGAAAUAAAAUGAAUGGCCAUAUACACAUUCCGAUUGAUGGAAAUUUCAAGCGAAGAUUGUAUUUUGAAAACGAAAUCACAAAAUUAAAGAGAAGACUGCAAAAUUUACGUCAGCAUAUACAUAUAAGUAAUGUUGAUAUACACGAUCAAGUCCGUCCCGUGAAGUCGCAGAGUGGCCAAAGAAAAGCCAAAUAUGAUGAGAGCAAAGACUUUUACAUGCCGGAAAGUGCACACCCUUUGCAUGAGUAUUAAUAAAAAAAAUGUUCAUAUUAUUUUUAUU